AUGAGUCCUCAAGCUUCUUUCACAGACAAGCUCGCUCUCGGCGAAGCAAAGAGAGGAGAGAACAAGCGCAGAGUCGUCGUCACUGGUGGCAGUGGUAAGCUCGGUCGCUCAACAGUUAGAUACCUUGCCGAUGAGGGCUGGGAGGUCAUCUCAGUCGACACUCGUCGCCCUCCCGGCAUCAGCGAGGAUGGCAAGUCGGGUCUUGGUGGUGCGUACCGUCUUGUAGAGAUCGACCUCGAGGAUAUGGGCGCUGUCAUUGAGACAUUCCUGACAACUGACAUGGCAUACAAUGGCAUCGACGCAGUCGUUCACUUGGCCGCGAUCCCCUCUCCUGGACAGACCAACAGCUCCAGACAAUUCCGUACCAACACCAUGAGCACAUACAACGUCCUUGAAGCUUGUCGCAAGCUCAGGAUCAAGAACAUCGUCCUAGCGUCUUCCGAAACUCUCAUCGGUAUCCCCUUGGACCCUCACAUGCCCGAGUCGCUGCCAAUCACAGAGGAGCAUGAAAGAAGACCAGAGUCGGCUUACUCAUUGUCCAAGUUAGUUGGUGAGACAUUGGCAGAGCAAUACGCAAGAUGGGACCCCGAAGUCAAGAUCAUCUCCUUGAGAUUCAGCAACGUCAUGCUGCCGGAAGAGUAUAAGACAUUCGAAUCCUGGCAAGACGACCCGAUGAAGAGAUAUUGGAACUGCUGGGGUUACAUUGACGCCAGAGAUGGUGGUCAGGCCGUUUCCAAGUCACUGGACAGCAAGACCAAGGGACACCACCAGUACCUGAUCGCUGCUGAGGAUACCUGUAUGAGACAGUCGAAUGACGAACUCGUGAAGAAGGCCUUCCCCGGCGUCAAGUACAAGGCUACCUCAGGACCCAAUGAUACCUUGCUUUCGAUCGACAAGGCCAAGAAGGAGCUCGGAUUCAAGCCCGCAUACAAGUGGCAGGAUCAGUUGUAG